CAGGACAAGAGGGCAGAGCAUGCGGUAGUUGGUGGUUAUAAAAAAGACGACGUUCUUCGCCGGUUAAUAACAGUUUGCAAACGGCCGUACAGUUAAUUAAGACCAGCGGUUCAGUAGUCUUUAAUUUCGCACACAACAAUAAUAAUAUGAUGUUCAACAAAUUUGCCGUAUUCGCCUUAUUGGCCGUCACUCUACUGGCCGUUUCGGCCAUCGGACAUCCGACCACGGAACCCGCGACCGGGGAAGGCGAUAGGGUCGAGGAAACCGGAACGACCGUUAAACACGGUAUCCAGAGUUGGCUAAAGAAAGUCCAAUCGAAAAUCGUCAAAUCCCACGACAAUUGCACUCACGGUGGAGGCGUCAUUCACUGGGUGAAGAACAAAUUGGGAUUGGCGAAAACCACCACUACCACCGAGACACCAACAACCACCACAGAAACCGAUUAUUCGGGUUACCAACCGAUAACCUCGUCGGUGGGUGCACCACAAGGAGAAACGGAAGAAGGAUACGGUGGCGACGACAUCACGAUACUCGACGAUACCGCGGUAAUGAAUCCCGAUGACGUUAGCGGCAACGAAUCUACCGGUGUAGAUACAACAUCGUCGUUGACAGAAAAUUCCAGCUACCCAGAGGAUCCUUCCAUUGACGUACGUCAGCGUUUUUAAACGGACCAUCUGAACGAUUACUAUGGUAGUUGUUUUAUCUUCUAUGAACUUCGCUUAAUAAUAUUCAGAUUUGUGAUUGUUUUUGUAUACUUUUACAUUUUUGUACGAACAAAAAGUUCCACUAUAUUGUAUAAGGUAUUUUUUGUUUUUUGUUUUGACAAUUAUUAUUAUUAUUAUUGACGAAUGUUACGAACUAUAACCAUGUCGCUCAAGCAAUUCGCUUUGUUUGAGGAUAUAUGUCGAUAUAAUUUUGUGCGCAUAAGCUAAUUUAAUAUACUUCGAUAAGUAUACGUAUAUGUAUAAACAUUAAAAUAUUAUUAUUAAACUAUUGUAAUCAUAAUUAUUAAUAUUACAUAUUAUUAUUAUUGUUUUUAUUUUAUAUUAUUACUAAUAUUUUAUUAUUAUUAUUAUUAUUAUUAUUACUAUUAUUAUUAAAACAAUGUAUGAUGUAAUUUAAUAAAUGACUUACGAACUAAA